AUGCAUCGAAUUGCAUUUUUGAAGCAUAAUUUCCAAAUCCCAACAGCUUCAGAAGUAUUUCUUUUCAUUCUGAGAAAGUUCGACAUAUGUGCUCUUUUGCAAACCAUACCUGAAGCAGAAGGAAUAAAGCCAGCAUCAUUGGUAAAAGUGACAGAUCCCGGUGUUCGAGCAUUUAUAGAAAAAUGCAUUGCAGAAGUCUCUGACCGGUUACCUGCCAAGGAACUUUUGGGAGAUCCCUUUCUCCAACCAGAUGAGGAAAAUGAGAGUACAGGUCGUUCUUUACAAGCCAAAAUUCAUCAUUCAGCUGGGAGUUCUAGUCAGGUAAAAGUUGGUGGAAAUGCCCAUUAUCCUCCGGCUGAGACAAGUAGGGACUUUACAGUGCAAGGUCACAGGAGGGACAAUUACACUAUUUUUCUUAAACUGCGAAUAGCAGAUUUCACAGGUCAUUUUCGCAAUAUUCACUUCCCAUUUGAUAUUGCAGCAGACACAGCAAAUUCUGUUGCUAGUGAAAUGGUUAAUGAGUUGAAUCUGACAGAUCAAGAUGUCUCAACAAUUGCUGCAAUGAUCGAGUCAGAAAUUCGGACUCAUAUUCCAGAUUGGGAACCUAGAGAAGUUUCUGGGGAUAGUCUUUCUGAAGAGGUUGCAAAUUUUGACAGAUGUUCCCUUAAAACCAAGGAUGACACUUCUCCUGUGACAAAUGAGCCAAUCCCGUCUUUUGGUGGCCUUCAAUUGGAGAGAUUGCCAUCAGGUCAUAAGUACUGGUCUGACUCGCCCAAGGCAGUGAGUAAAAACUCUCAAGGCAUGUCUGUUACAUUAAACCUGCCAUAUUUGGCUGUCAACCAUGAAGAAAGAUUGACUGAAAAUGAUGAAAGAACUCCUAAUAGCAAAAGAGAUGGUCACAGUCCAAAUGGUGAUGCAUCGCUUGAACAGCUGGAGGUUGAAAUUUUGUCUUGCAAAAAUGAGAAUGUUGAAGAAAAAGAAGAUGGUGGGAUCUCUGAUUUGCAAUCAGAAGAUGUCAAGAAAAUUGUUGAGGGACUCAAGCAUCUACUGCUAAAGCAGCAAAAGGAGGUAGACGAGUUAAAGAGGAAGCAUGAGUUAGCUGUAUCAGAGUUUCUGAAGGAACUCUCCAGAGAAAUUCGUCAAAAGGUUUUAGAUGAAUGUCAGCUGAAGAUUCCUGAAUAUAGGCUGGACUGUGAGACACUGUUACAUUGAACCAAUUUGCAAAUGCUAGCCCUGUUGUAUCAUUGGAAGUGUUUCCGUCGCACGUCUGGUACUUGGAAAUAAAUGGUAAUAUCAUACAUCUUAUAUAAACACUGAAGGUAUUUCAGGAAGCUCAAACAUUUUUACUCAUGACAAUUAAGUUUGGCAGUAUGAGUAGCAGUACCUGGUGCCUUGAGAACAGGUUCUACUAAAGAGGAAUAUAUGCUUGGAACGCCAAUUUAUAGCCUGGUUCGAACAUUGUUGAAAAAGAAACCCAGCUUGUCUUUGAGAGUUGACUUGUUGAAUGUCAAAAGAACCACACCUAAUUUUAUUUUCCACGAAUCUGCAGUGCUGCUGGGGGGUGAGAUUGCUCUGGACUUUUGUGUAGUAAGGUGAGUUAAGAAUUAUUGUACACUUGUACAUAUAGUUUAUACGCAAGUCUAGCCGUUUCAGAUUACUGUCAGUUGAAAUGCAAACGUGUUUCAAUUUUUGGGUGACUCGUUUGUGUUGUGAUAAGGAUGAAGAUUCACUGAAAGUUAAAUUGUUUUUGUUGCAUGCUUGCCGAAUGUCUGUUUGGCAGUUAUGUUGUUCAUAAUAAAAUGGAAUAAUUGGUUCAGAGUAA